GCGCGCGCGCAGGGAGCGCGCGGCCCCGAGCGAGGGAAGGAGGGGCCGGUGACAGUGCGGAGCCACUGACUGCCAGCGUCCGCGCCCGGGGAGCGGCCGGACGGAAGAGAAGGUUUGCCAGACGCCGGUCGGCUGCCCGACCCUUCGGACUCAACCCCGAGCCGAGCAGCCGCGGCUUCUGGUCGGUUGGGGAGGCUCCGCCGCCACCUCGGGAAGAUGUUUAACGUGGAGUCCGUGGAGCGGGUGGAGCUGUGCGAGAGCCUGCUCACUUGGAUCCAGACCUUUAAUGUGGAUACACCAUGCCAGACUGUGGAAGAUUUAACGAAUGGUGUUGUGAUGUCCCAGGUUCUUCAAAAGAUAGAUCCUGUGUAUUUCGAUGAUAAUUGGCUAAACAGAAUCAAAACUGAAGUGGGAGACAAUUGGAGGUUAAAGAUUAGCAAUUUAAAGAAAAUUUUAAAAGGCAUCUUGGAUUACAAUCAUGAGAUUCUAGGACAGCAGAUUAAUGAUUUUACCCUUCCUGAUGUGAACCUGAUCGGGGAGCAUUCUGAUGCAGCAGAGCUUGGAAGGAUGCUCCAGCUCAUUCUAGGCUGCGCUGUGAACUGUGAACAGAAGCAAGAGUACAUUCAAGCCAUUAUGAUGAUGGAGGAAUCUGUUCAGCAUGUCGUCAUGACAGCCAUUCAAGAGCUAAUGAGUAAAGAGUCUCCUGUCUCUGCUGGAAAUGAUGCCUAUGUUGAUCUUGAUCGCCAGUUGAAGAAAACUACAGAGGAAUUAAAUGAAGCUUUGUCAGCAAAGGAAGAAAUUGCUCAAAGAUGCCAUGAAUUAGAUAUGCAGGUUGCAGCUCUGCAAGAAGAGAAAAGUAGUUUGUUGGCAGAAAAUCAGAUAUUAAUGGAACGACUCAAUCAGUCUGAUUCUAUAGAAGAUCCCAACAGUCCAGCAGGAAGAAGACAUUUGCAACUUCAGACUCAGUUAGAGCAGCUGCAAGAAGAAACAUUCAGACUAGAAGCAGCCAAAGAUGAUUAUCGAAUACGCUGUGAGGAGUUAGAAAAGGAAAUCUCCGAGCUUCGGCAACAGAAUGAUGAACUAACCACUUUAGCAGAUGAAGCUCAGUCUCUAAAGGAUGAAAUAGAUGUUCUCAGACACUCUUCUGAUAAAGUAUCUAAACUAGAAGGUCAAGUUGAGUCUUAUAAAAAGAAGCUGGAAGACCUUGGGGAUUUGAGGCGGCAGGUUAAGCUCUUGGAAGAAAAGAAUACUAUGUACAUGCAGAACACUGUCAGUCUGGAGGAAGAAUUAAGAAAGGCUAAUGCGGCCCGAGGUCAGCUUGAAACAUACAAGAGACAGGUUGUAGAGCUGCAAAAUAGAUUAUCUGAAGAAUCAAAGAAAGCAGAUAAAUUAGAUUUUGAAUAUAAGCGACUAAAAGAAAAAGUUGAUGGUCUUCAGAAAGAAAAGGAUAGGUUGCGAACAGAAAGAGACUCUCUGAAGGAAACCAUUGAAGAGCUUCGUUGUGUGCAGGCUCAGGAGGGGCAGCUCACCACUCAAGGGUUAAUGCCUCUGGGGAGCCAGGAGUCUUCAGACAGCCUCGCAGCGGAGAUUGUUACACCCGAGAUCAGGGAGAAACUUAUUCGUCUUCAGCAUGAGAAUAAGAUGUUAAAAAUCAAUCAGGAAGGGUCAGACAAUGAGAAAAUUGCCUUAUUGCAGAGCCUUCUGGAUGAUGCAAACCUGCGCAAGAAUGAGCUGGAGACAGAGAACAGGCUUGUGAAUCAGAGACUUCUAGAAGUACAGUCACAAGUAGAAGAACUGCAGAAGUCUUUGCAAGAUCAAGGCUCAAAAGCAGAAGAUUCAGUUCUUCUAAAAAAGAAGCUUGAAGAACAUCUAGAGAAGCUGCAUGAAGCCAACAAUGAAUUACAGAAAAAGAGAGCCAUUAUUGAAGAUCUUGAGCCAAGAUUUAACAACAGCUCCUUAAGAAUUGAAGAACUGCAAGAAGCUUUACGGAAGAAAGAAGAAGAAAUGAAACAAAUGGAAGAACGCUAUAAAAAAUAUUUAGAGAAAGCCAAAAGUGUUAUCCGUACAUUAGACCCUAAACAGAAUCAAGGAGCAGCACCAGAAAUACAAGCUCUUAAAAACCAACUACAAGAACGGGAUCGGCUGUUUCACUCAUUAGAGAAAGAAUAUGAGAAAACAAAGAGUCAAAGAGACAUGGAGGAGAAAUACAUUGUUAGUGCCUGGUACAAUAUGGGAAUGACUCUACAUAAAAAGGCGGCUGAAGACAGACUGGCUAGCACAGGUUCAGGGCAGUCAUUUCUAGCUAGGCAAAGACAAGCAACCAGCACAAGAAGAUCCUACCCAGGCCAUGUCCAGCCAGCCACAGCAAGGUAGAGAGGUCUUACCAUGAGGAAUUUUUAAAAAGCAUACUUCUGUUACAUAUAACAACAUUUCAGGAAAUUCAGCCAGCUUAUUUUAUUUCUCUCCUGUGUUAAUAUUUAGUGUUUCUCGUGUGAGGAUUUUUCUCUCUCUUAUAUCGUUUAGUUUCUUUGGCCCUUACUUUAUGGUCUUUUCAGUUCCUUUUAAUGUGCCAAAAAUUUGUAAAUGUACAAUUAAAAGUGUUGUAUAAUAGUGUAAUACUUUUCUUUGUAUGAAAAUGUCUUCUUCCCCAUUUGUGUGGGCUUUGUAAAGAAUCAGAUUUUCUGCCAAUAAUUGAUACACAAUUUAUAUUCUUUAUCGUGCCUACUGUGUUACCAUACUUUAUAAGAAUGUCUUUGUUUAAAGGGAAUUAAUCUUUUUAUGGUGUAUUAAUCUGUGUUUCGAUUGUUUUCCAAAUGCACUUCAGAUAACUUAAACAUUUACUGUACUAUAUGAAGUGGUGUCAAGUGCACUUUUUGCAAAGACAAACUACAUCGGCAGAGGUGCUGGUUAGAGAGAUCUGUGGCACCUGGCAGGAUCACUAAGAGGGGAGAAAUUAGACUUCUUCUAAGAUUUGGAGUUUGUUUUAAAAACAUAAGUAUAUAAAAUUUCAUUAUUUCCUGCUCACUUGUUUGCUGGCAGAAUGAAAUGGUGCAGAUAUUUGGGUAGAAAAUACAAAGGAUAAAAUUUGGCUGGAUUUUUUCUUCUUCCUUUGGAAUAUCAUGAGUAGCUAAGAAUCAGAUUCUAACCAUGCACUUUUAAUUGCUCUCCACAUGUAAAAUAUUUAUUUUUCAUAUAGGUAGCCUUAUUUUGGGGGCAGUUCUUUGACUUACGCCUCAAAUGUUUUAUAGAUUCUGUGAGCUUUUCCUUUUCUCAGUUAAUCUUGAUAGCUAACGUCUUACUAUCACUCGUUAAGAUCAGUACGUGACUUUCUGUAUGUAAUAUUGAUAGGACCCCUUACAGUUUCUCUCUACUCUCCCUACAAGUCCAAGAACUGGUAACAGGAGAGAUUUUUCUUGGGUAUUUGGUUGUUCAAAGUGCUUACAUUGUAUGCCACAUUUAUUUACAUAGAUGAAUGCCUGUUAAGCAAUCAUAUGAAGCACCUUGUCUAAGGAAUUAUAUAAUUUUAAACUAUCAUUUAUUUGAAAAUGAUCUACCUUUUGUUUUUUUUAUAUUGAUUUGUGUAUUUUAUCCCAAGUUAUUUAAGGUUUCCUCCAGCCUUUUUCUUGUUCCAUACCACAUUUUUUAAAAGAAAAAAGAAAUCUGAAAUUGGAUCACAGGGUUAUUUUGUUUCUUUUUAGGUAAAUCAUGUAAGUGGAAGAUGUUAUAUCAUGUACUUGCUGUUUGGAAGUUCUGUUUUCAUUUAGUUGUGUAUAAAAGACAAAUAACUUUAACUCAAGUUUAAUGUGAUUAAGAAUUUUCAGAAACUAUAUUCAAGUGCUCCAUUUUAACUGCCUACUCUUUUAUAAGAAAGUUGACCUAGAAAUUUGUCCUGCAUGUUUUGUUUUGUUUUGUUUUUUUUAAACAGAGUCUUUAUGUAACCCAGGCACCUUGAACAUAUGAUGCUCUUGGAUUAUAGGCAUGAACCAACAUUCUCAGCUCUUAGUAUUUUUUUUUCUUGAAAAAAGGUAUCACAACAUAGAGAAAUAACACAGUGCAACAAGCAGCACUUCUUUAAAAAAACAUUCACAGCAAAUGUUUAAGUAUACUCUGAGGGCGUCUGCCUAGGAAGACUAGAAAGCAGCAAGAACUAGCAAUAGUGGAGAGAACUGUGUUAGGACACCACCACACCUGCGUCAAAUCCUUUGACUUAAAACCAUCCUGCCUCUGCCUUCCAAGAGGCUGAGAUUAUGGUAUGUGCCACCACACCCACAUGAUAUAUCAAGUUUGAAAAUAAAAGAUUAAAGAUUGGAGCCAGCAAAAUGGCUCAGCUGGAAGAGUAUUUGCUGCCAAGCCUGAGGACCUGAGCUCAAUUCCUGGGGCCCAGAUGAUGAGGGAACAAGCUACUCCCAGGGGCUGUCCUCUGUUCUCCUUAUCGACACAGUUGUAGGUGCACACACAAGUAAAUAUGUUUUAAAAGAUUAAAAGUAGCUUAAAAUAGUUCUCACUUCAUCCUUAGUUCACAUAAUACCUAAGAUUCAACCACUUUUUAAAUCAAAUUGGUUUAUGACCCCUACUCUUAACAAAAUUAUUGGUUGUUGAGAAAUUAUACCUGUGGAAUAAAGUAAAUGAAAACAAGAGAUUCUUGAAGCUACUCAUCAGCCAGAUUUUACCUGUGGGGUAAAAACAUCUCAGUGUUUUGAUUUUAAUUUUCUAUUUACCUGCCCUCUCUAUGGAUACACCCACACCUACCUAAACCACCUACCAGAUUCUUUUCUCUGGAUGUUUUGGGAAUGCCUCAAGCUUUCAGAAGGAAGAUAAGCUUCUUUUCUUCCUCAUCUGUUGUGUGCUUAUUUCAGUGUUUAUAGCCUUCACUGUUGUUUGCUCUGUCUUUAAUGUUUGGUUGAUUUCCUUCAGAAAUGGAAGAAAUAUUUCUCAUGAUACUUCAGAAGAAAAUAAAACAUGCUUUCAUAAGAAACAGCAUCUGAAUAUAUACUUUAGGUAUCAUAACGCCAAGAGUAAAACUUAGGUAUGAACCAGGCAGUGGUGGCACACACCUAUAAUCGCAGUACUCAGGGAGGCAGAGGCAGGUGGAUCUCUGUGAGUUCAAGGCCAGCCUGGUCUACAAAGUAAGUCCAGGACAGCCAAGGCUAACAGAGAAACCCUGUCUCAUAAAUAAAUGAAGGAAGGAAGAAAGAAAGAUGGUGGUGGUGACUUUUCCACUGUGUGGUUUAGGUCAGUUUCUCUGCCAGUGAUCAGGAAUGUCGUGGGUGAUAUGUGGUCUCUAAGAGCCCUAGAUAGAUAGAUAGAUAGAUAGAUAGAUAGAUAGAUAGAUAGAUAGAUAGAUAGACAGAUAAGGAUGGCGGUGGCAACUUUUCCACUGUGUGGUUUAGGUCAGUUUCUCUGCUAGUGAUCAGGAAUGUUGCGGGUGCUCUGACAGUGAUGUGUGGUCUCUAAAAUCGAAGAGGUCAGUGAUGCUGGGCUGUAUCUUCCCAUGCUUUUUUGGUACUUCCUGAAGCCUCUGCUUGUUCCAUGUGUCUUGUCCCAGCAUUAACAAGGGCAUGAGGACAGUGUCAUUGUGUCAGCCUGGGAGGAGCUGUCACCAGCACAUUAGUUCUUACAACAUCCUUAUUUUCUGUGCCUUCUAAACAGGGUUUACAAAAAAAAAAAAAAAAAAAUCAUUUAUGUUCCACAGUAUACACUUAAUAUUAUAAUAAAAAAAAAUCCAGUAAAUGUAAGUUUCUUGCAUUCUGAAAUGAAAGUAACACUAAUGCACUUGUACAUACUGUUUGUUUGCUUGCUUGCUUGUUUUUUCCAAGACAGGGUUUUACUGUGUGUCCUUAGCUGUCCUGAACUCAUAUUGUAGACCAGGCUGGCCUCAAAUUCAUGGAGAUCAGCCUGCCUCUGCCCCGAGUGCUGGGAUUACAGGUGUGUGCCACCAAACCCAGUUCCACUUGUACAUACUUUUAAAUGUUUUCUUAAAACUAGUGAGAGAGUUGGCUGAGCAUUUAUGAGCAUUUACUGUUCUUCCAGGGAACCCUGGUGCAGUUCCUAAUGUGCAAGCUCACACCCAGCCUUCUGCUUCACAUCCCAUUCCAGGGAAUCCAAUGCCAUCUUCUGACCUCCACAGGCAUCAGGGACACAUGUGGUGUGCAUACAUGCAUGCAGGCAAAACACUCAUACACAUAAGACAAAUCUAUAAAAAGAAAGUUUAAACUGGGUCACAGUUUUAUUAUUACCUAACAAUAAUAAAAAUAAGUCCCUCAAUAAAUGAUCCAUAUUGAAUCAUUUCUAUUACCUUGGUAAAAUUAGCUUAAUGUGAUGAUUAAAUUGUAAUAAGGAUAACAUCGUCCAAUUUUCUUGACGUUGUUUAGUUAAUGUAAUAAGAACCCAGUUGCACAAAGUCUAACUAAAUGUUAUCAGUAAGAACCACCAAUCUGGUUUCACUAGGUGUUUUAGAUCCAUGCUGUGCAAAUAUGUGAAAGUGGGGGAUUAAGUCUAAAGCAAGUUAGGGGAAAAGAUGCCUCUACGAGCAGUUUUAUUCACCUUUCAGUAGCAGUUCAUUUAGUCUUGUUGAGUAAAGGUGAAAUAUUUUUGAGGGCUAGGAUGUAGCUCAGUGGGUUUUAGCUCAUUGCCUAAUAUACAUGAUGCACUGGGUUCAUUGCCUGUUAUCAUGUAAACUGGGUGUAUAUGUAUAUAGAGAGUUUGAAGCCAGUUUAAUCUAUAUGAGAUUUUUGUCUUUAAAGAAAAAGUGGGCCGGGCGGUUGUGGUGCAUACGUUCAAUCCCAGCAGUUGGGAGGCAGAAGCAGGCAGAUCUCUAUAAAUUUGAGGUCAGUCUGGUCUACAGAGUGAGUUCCAGGACAGUCAGGGCUACACAGAGAAACCCUGCCUUAAAAAAUCAAACAAAAAAGCAAAAACAAAAAAAUGUGUGUGUGUGUGUGUGUAUAAAUAAUUCUUUUGUUGAAUCUCUUAUUCUCACAUAAGCAUUAAUCUGUUCUUCUAAAAAUAACCAUAUUUUAAAUUUUAAAGUCUUUAUUUCACUGAGUUAUCUUUAAUGAAAACAUGAAAUUUAAAAUAUCUUCUUUACUCUCCAUAUUUAAUCUUCUUUUUUUUUUUUUUUUUCAGAUCUUGUAGUUGAUGAAUGUUGUAAUUAUGCCCAGUUUGGAAAUGUGGUACUUUUCUGAACAUCCACAGUCCCUACCUGAUAGGUACUUAGCUAGUUUCUAUCCACUUGACUUAACAUAAUUUGACCCCACAAUGAAAGGGAAGCAUUUAGCAUCUUUUUUUGCUAAGGUGGAAUCAUGUUAGUACCAAACGCCUUUAGUUUUCUGUUCAUUAAACCAUGAAAGAAUAGUUGGACCUUUGUUUUUUUAAGAAUUGCUGUUUUUUAUUUGGGGGAGGGAGAUUUGGGCAGGAUAUGUGCAAGUGCCAUCCAUGGAGGCCAAAGGAAAACAUCAGAUCCACUGAAGCUAGAGUUAGAGGUAGUUGUGAGCUGCCCUGUGUAGAUCAGGGGUCUUCUGCUAGACAGCCAGCUGAGCCAUCUUUCCAUCCCCAAGUAUUUGGACUUUUUAAUCUUCAUAUUAUGAAGAUAUUUUUUUCCUCUGUGUUUAUCAACCUGAUUCAGCUUUGUAUUUAACAGUGAAACCUAUGUGAUAUCUAGUGUAAUCCCAGAACAUGGGAGCCUGGGGAUAGAAAAAUGCAAGUUGGAAGCUAGAUGGGACUAUUCAAUGAGACCUUGUUUCAGCACAUGGGAGCAGAGGCAGGCAGAGCCUUGUGAGUUCGAGGCCAGCCUGGUUUACAGAGCAAAUUCCAAGACAACCAGGGCUCUGUUACAUACAAAAACCCUGUCUUGAACCACACCCCUCCAAAAAAAAAAAGUGUGCUCAACAAAAUAGAAUAGGACACGAGGCCUGUGACCCAAAAAACCCUACGUUCAGUCCCUAGUACUUAUGAAUUAAUGAAUAUAUAAAUGCAUAAAGUGGGAUAUCUAAAUAUAUAAAAAUUAUCAUGUUCUGUUUUCCUUUUCAUGACUUAAAGGGUUUUCUAUCCAAUAGAAGUAACCUCAUUAACUGUAGUCCUAUCAGAAUUAAAUGUGAUUCAACCCUUUGUUUGUUUGUUGAUAAGGGGUCUCACUGUGUAGACCAGGCUGGCCUUGAACUCACAGAGAUUCGCCUGCCUGAGUGCUAGGAUUAAAGGUAUGUACCAUCAUGCCUGGCUUUUGUUUUUUCCAAUCCAAUUUUAUUACAUUUAGAAAGAGGUUUCAAAGCUUAUUCUUUUAAACUGAUUUGACUAUCGUGUAGCUACUUUCAAUGCAUCUCACACAAUAUUUUACUUUUUAUAAUGAAUAUUUUAGUGAUUGAUACAUUUUUCUUUGAAUAUUUAUCCAAUUUUAACACAAUAAUGGUCUAAUAUUUUUAAUAAAUACAGCUAAAAGCAUAUAAAGUAAUUUGCUAAUAACUAACUUGCUUGCUAAUAACAUAGCUAACUUCUAACCUUCUCUGUCAUGUCACGUUAUUAGUCUUAUGUUUAGUGUCAUUUUUAUAUAAUGAAAGACAACACAAAUAUAAUGGCAUUUCUUGCUUUUAAGUCAUUAUGUCAUCAAAGUGUGUACUGAUUACUUUAAAACAGCUUUUCAUCGGUCCAAUUUAUAUUAUUAUGAGUAGGAAACCAUAAAUUCUAUAUUUAAUGUUUUUAAAUAUGAAUAUAUGUGGAUUCCUCCAAUUACACCAACGCAAUAGAGGGACAUUGUUUUGAGAAAUAAGAGGCCUGAGCCUAGUUAUGGCUUGUAUAUGAAGUUUGAAAGUUAUAUGGGGGUCCCUAAAUGCAUAUGAUUUAAGCACAUGUAUAUAAAUCUUAGGCAUAUAUGUGUAUAUUUCUGUACAUAUGUGUGUGUGUGCACACACAUAUUUAAAACCAGACUACCAAGAUUUGCUUUACAUGUCUCUUUUCAGUAAUUUUCUGUUUUCUUACAGUUUUAGUAAUACACUGUAAGGUUAAGAUUAAAUGUAGUAUGAGAGAAUAGAAAUUGAAGAAAGCAAACGGAUGGCUCUUAAGACAAAUCUAUUAUUGAGAGCAGAGUGAAUAUUGGGGUAACAAGUAGCCUAAUCAACAAAAAGUAGGCCAAGAGAUGCCCUUAAGCAGUGUCUCAGUAGAUGUCCCGUAAGUUUUAGUCAACAGGAUAUUCUAUCCUUAGUACACAUUUGUCUGAUAAAAGAAUAGACCAGAUCUAAUGUCUAAUUGUAUUUUGGUGAGUUUAACUUAAGCAUAUAAUAUGCAUGUUAGUGGGAGAGAAAACAUUUCAUUUCUUUUUAUAACUAUUGAACAGUUACUAAUACUUUAGGGAUUUAGAAUGUUAAGGAAACUUUGAUUUGAUGAGAUGAGAGAAAAAAAUCUAUGAUGACUGAAAUUAUCACAAUUUCCCAACAGGUAUCUAUAUCAUACUUUUAUAGUUUAAAAAAAACAUUGUUUUAAUUUUAUGUUCCCCUCCCCCCAAUUAUACAUUGUACUUCCACAAAAUGUCUGUAAAUGAAGACAAAGGUAGACCUUUAAAACAUUCAAAAGUAAGCCUGAUAUAUUACAUUACCACAGGCUCACAAGCAGGUGUGGAGGUCCUAAGAUGAAAUUGGGGGUGCCCAUUAGCUCAAGAUUUCCCACCCACAGGGCUAUUAAAAUCUGAAUUAUAUCUGCUUUGAUCUUAAAGGAAUCACACUGAGAACACUGAAGCACACUGACAAGAUGUCAGAACAGACUCUGUCACUUGAGAGAGCUCUGAAGUGACAAAGUAAAGUAGAAAGAGCCCAUGUUUAUUCUUGCUGUGCUUGGGAACCUGUAGACAGUGUCACUCUGUGUCCUUCUGUUGUGUUUUAUUAGAGACAGGAAGCUUAACAUCUACCUUCCUCAGCAGUGGAGAUUGUUUAUACCUUACUACAAGUUUUCCAGCACUUUACUAGGAUUUGAUAAUAAUUCUUCCUUUCCUCUUCUGCUUUACUUUGGUGUUUCCAGUUGGCACCUCGGUGCCAUGAAUCAGAGUCUGGAAACAUGCAUAUAACUGAGUUUGCUACUGGUCACACUACAAGGUGUAUUUUACUACAGUGUGAAGCCAGCUUUUGGGUUCUCCAGGCGCACUCUACCUUCCAGCUCCAAGCCCAGCACACUGUGUCUUCUCAAGCACAAACUCCUUUGAAACUGUGUUUCUCAAGGAUAAAACUAAACACUUCUCUGCUUGAUGAGAUUUUCUUAUCCUUUGAGGGAUUGUCUUCUAAAAUAAAAACCUGUAAACCAUCCCUACCUUGUUUUUCCCCCCGACCUUUGCAAAUACUGAAAGAGAAGGAAAAACAAAACAUUUCAGAAACUGAGAAGUCAAAUCAUCUGAAAAAAAAAAAAAGUACUAUGAUAGUUUUGUGGUUUUUGUUUUUUUUUUUUCUACCUUGGGUUUUUGUUUUUUGUUUUUUUUUUUUUUUCCUUAAAUUUCUCUUGCAAAGAUUUCAUCUUGUGCUGGUGAGGUUUUUGUUUUUUGACUCAGAAGUGAAUGUAGCAGUCAUGUUAGAGACCAACAGUUACGGAUACUUGUUUGAGGAACAUUAACUCAUUACUGCCAGAGAAUGGGGAACUUGGCUCAUAAAAACCAUUUACUUCUGGUUUGGUUUGGUUUGUGCAUUUUGGACCAGUGGGCCUACCUCUAGUUGCAAACCAAAUGGUACAGCCUGCCUGGCUUCAGUCAGUCUCAGUUUCUGUCUCUAUGUCUGUCUCUGUGUCUCUGUCUCUGUCUUGCUCUCUUUCUCUCCAUGUAGUAGUUUCUUUCCUAUGAAAGUUUACUUAAAGUCGAGCACCUGGAAGAAAACAGCACUGAAAUGGGAACGUCUACAUUCAACUUUAAGGAAAUAGAGACCUUGUUUUCCUUCCCCGAGUAAAAACUAGAAAGGCAGGGUGGUGGCACACAUCCAUAAUCCCAACUCGGUUAAGGCAGCAGGAUCACAAGUCUGAAGUCAGAUUACACAAGUACAAAACUACACAGUGUUUUGAAUGAACAUAUUCUGUGUAAGCGGUCAGUGAAUAAGUUUCUAAGUGUCCUAACUCUGGCUUCUUCUUGUUAAUCUACAUAGAGUGGCCGUAAGCCAAGUCAGUACCGCCGUGUGUACACAGCCUACACGUAAUUCUAGCGCUUGUGAGGCUGAGUGAGCGGAUCUCCACAGGGCAAGGCCAUUCAGGGUGACCUGUGAGAUUCCAUCACCACUUCAGCCCUCUGCUCCUGUUGUUCAGCGCUCACACGAGUGCAGUGGGCAGUGUGGGUGUGGAACAUUUCCUUCAAUGCAGAAAACUAUGCCAGAAAAAGGAAAGAAAUUAGAGGCAGUCGAUCAACUUACAGGUCAACUAAUAGCAGUUGCUAAAGGGUUUAACAGCUGACAAGUGUUUCUUUCUUAUGAAAGGAUUUUUUAUGAUUUAUUUAUCCUAUUGCAUUAGUGUUUUUCCUGCAUGUAUGUCUGUAUGAGGAACUGAAGUUACAGUUGUACGUUGCCAUGUGGAUGCUGGGAAUUGAACCCAGUCCUCUGAAAGAGCAACCAGUGCUCUUAACUGCUAAGUCAUCUCUGCAGCCCCUCUUAUAAAAGUUUUGUAGCAACCUUUUUGGCCUUUGAAAAAUCAAAGCCCCAUAUUGUGAGUUUUUAGUAUAUUCUUCCCAACACAAAUUAUCAAUGCUUUAUCACUUGAUAUAAUUAAGUCAUUUUAUAAAUCAUUGCUUAAUAUUUUCAGGCAUUUCUCUUUUAUAACUUUUAAAUUGAUUAUAUUACUUGUCAUCCAGGAGAAACUGAUAAUAAAUGUUUAACUUAUUCUCAAAUAAAAUUUAAUAAAUGUCAUAGCCCUUACAUUAUUUAAAUCUUUAUAUAUAAAUAUCUCAUGAAAGUCACUGUUUCUGCCCUAUGAGUUUUAAAUUCAUGUUUGGCUAUCUUCUACUUCAAAAGUACACUUAGGGUCAAAUAAGUAAAUUUCUUCAUGGUUUCUGGCUCUUGUUAGGAUGAUGAGUCCAAUCAGUUUUUUCUUUAUGAAGUGAACAUUUGUUAUUAUAGAAUAUGAAAACAUUGGGAAAUUAUACUGGUUUUUCCUUCACUAUACUAAAGUACUUUAUUUAACUUAAAGGUUUAUGUUAAUAUAUCUGAAUGUUUCAAAUCAAACUAAGGGACUUCUUUUAAACAAAUGUGGAUAUGUAGGUUUGUUUUUGCUUUUCUAGGGUUUGCAGUACUGGAGAGCCAAUCUAAAGCAUAUUAGAGUACUUUAGUAAUCAUUUUUUUUUUUUUGAAACAAGGUCUCACUUUUUAGCCUUGGCUGGCCUGGAACUCACUGAGAUCUGCUUCCUCAGUGCUGGAGCGUGCUCCCCACUCUCUGCUGGAGAGUGCUCCCCACUCUGUUGCUGUUGUGAUUCUUUUGAGUCAGAUAAGCCUAGUGAAGCCUUCCCUGCUCAGCAGUCACCAUGCUUUCUCUUUCUCUGGUCAGGCAGCAGAAUCAGAACAGUAUUGUCAAUUCCCAAACAGGUUGGGAGACUAUUGCUGUAAUUCAAGUACAGAUGAGCAAAUGAUAGCCUGAGUUUGUCUUACUGUUCUCUUGGUAACCUAACUGCAUAUGUAUCCUACAAAGACUUGUUGGUUAAGGAUAAUUUUCAGUGUGCUCUACGUAAGUAACAUUUUAGUAUAAAUGUAGAAAAUGACUGUACACAGAUGCCAAUCAGUGAUCUGGCACUUAAUUUUUAUAACAAUCUACUUUGUUUUUCUAAUAGUUUUAGUUACUUAUAAUUCAAAUCCACUAAAAUAACAUUGUCAUCACUAAUUUUGGCAUUUAUGGUUUCUGUAAUUCAUAAUACUUUGUACUCUGAAGAAUAACUUCCAGAUUUGUUGCAGUUCUCUCAUUUUGAGAGUUGCCCAACAUUUAUAACACCCAUUUUUUGUUAUGUAAUGGGUAGCAAAAUUUAAAUAUGUUUAAUACUUUGCCUUAUUUAGGUUAGGAAAUUCAAAAUACCAAGAAUGUCAAGCUAGGAAUAAAUUUGUUUCCCUAUGGUCACCUAAGUAUAUUGAAGUUGGAGUCAUAUUGACUACAGCCCCAUGUGUAAAGCUUUGUACUCAAGUCUUCAGGAUCACCGACUGCCCUCUAAGUUGUUGCUAGUUUCACAUUUGACAUAGUGGGAUGUUACCCACCUUGCAUUUUAGCCACUCUGAAAAGGGUAUUACUAGUUAUAUCCCGCUCUAGUUGACUAUCGAAUUCAUAGGUUUGUAGUUUUAUUCCUUGUUGUUGUAAUCCAGCAAUGAUGUCCACUUUCGGCUCUACGUUUCCGACUUGAAUUCCUAUUUAACAACACCAUACUUAAUGGUGUUCAAGCAUUUCCCGCUUGUUUACCAAGUCUGGCAGUUACUUAGGUUGUCUUGAGUCUUGAGUGUCCCCACUGUUAGCUGAGGAAAAUGAGGUGUUAGAGACUAAGUCACAGAAAGUUCUGAGAAACCAGCAGAAAGUAGGGGGUUUUGUUUGUUUGUUUAAUCCUGUAUUUCCUUUUGGUUUAUUUUUAUUUUAUGACUGCCAGCUUGUUAUAUAUGAGUGUUUAUAUAUGCAUAUAAUAUAUGUAUAUGAAAAAGUUAAGAUUUGGUCAAACUAUAUUUUCCCACUCAAGUACAAAGAACAUGUUUUCAAGGCUGCAAAAAGUGUACAGUUGUUAAACAAGUUGUAAAUAAAGACUUGUAUAAAAAUCCA